UGUCAGUUACAAAAGAUUCAAGCAUCACGCUACAGGAAAUCGUAUUUAAAUUAAUCUAAGCAUUGAAUUCUAUUAUAAUAAGUGAUAAAACUUCGAGAUUCUAAGUAACAUAACGAAAAGAUUUCGUACAAAAGCUAUUUAUGACAUUCGGAAAUAAAGUGCCUUCAGUUUUAAGUCGAGACGUAAACCACAACAAAACUUAUGUGUGAUCAAGUUAUUAUAAACAUUCAAACAUGUACUUUUUGCAUUUAAUAUUCUUAAUAAGUCCAUUGCUACUACGAGUUUCUAAAGCUGAAGUUGGUGACACAGACCUGAAUGAUUUAUCAGAGCAACAAAACUCGGUACAAAUAAACAAAUGUUGCGAAGAAAAUGAAAUAAUGGUUGAUUCUGUGUGCCGAUUGGCUGAACUAUACAAUGAAAGUCUUUGGCAGCCAUUGUUUAAGACUGAGGAUGGAAAAGAUGUUAAACUUAAGUAUUUUAGAUUUAUAAAUGGAAUACCAAAUUGUGCAACCACCCAACAAAGACCCAUAUUUGAUCUAGGGAAAUCUGAGGAUAAGUUAAAUCUUUUAUCUGAUGGCCGUUUAAUGCAUUUGAUACACCACCAAACGAAUGCUCAAACUAUAAGAGAUGAUUCACUCUUGGCAAACUCAUUAAACUUCCAUGAUAUCAUUUCUAUACCUGAAGUUAAAGAGCCAUCGUCCUAUAUUCAUGUGCAGAAUAAAUAUUGCAUGGAUAAGAUUUUUAUAACAAGCACUAAUUCCACCGGGCAGUAUGCACUUGUUUGUGUACCAGAAGUGAAAAUCAAUUGGAAGGACACAGGGUUCCUAAUGAAAAAAAUUCUCAAUCCCAUCUUCCAUGCAAUCGCAAUGAUAUUGUUUUUAACUGUUGCUAUUAUUUACUUUGUGUUGCCAACACUGAGAGAUCUCGCUGGGAAUAUAAUAACAACAAUAAAUGUGUGUUUGAUUGUCAGUCAAGCUGCAGAUUUAGUGAGAAUAUUUACAGAGUUGAGCAAUCAUGUCAGCUUUAUGAUAACAGAUAUAAUCUUAUAUGUCAGUUUACUUGGUGCCUUUUUCUGGUUGAACAGUUUUGGUUUCUACAUAUGGAAGACUUUCAAAUCAAGGAAUGUAUUUCUACGAGUGACAGAUGUUCGCAAAUACUGCUACUAUUCAAGCGUGGUGUGGUCUAGUGUUACUCUAAUGGCAGCUAUGGCUAUAUGUGCUCAUUUUUUACUAGACACUGGCACAAAUCCGUACAGAAAAAUGAAAACGCAAUUUUCGUCGUCAAUUCUUAUAGAUGAUGUUGAACAAGAGACGAUUGGCUGGCUUGGAAUUGCAAUAUUCUUUACACCAGUUGCAUUCACUAUUAUUUUUAAUCUGUUCUUCUAUAUAACAACAUUAAAAGUAAUAAAGAGAAUAAAUAUUUAUGGACGAAUCCACUAUAAAUUAAAGGGAUGUUUCGACUUAUUCUUGCAGCUAUUUCUCAUAAUGUCAAUGUCAUGGUUGUUCCUAAUGCUGUCUUGGCUGAAUUUCGAUGGAUUACUGUACGCACACAUAGUGGUGAAUUUAUUGCAGGCAAUAUUAAUAUUCUAUGUGUGUGUUGUUAGGCAGAACCAUGUCACAUUUUUAUUAAGAAAAAGCUGUUGCUAUGCUCAGCCUAUACCCACAGGAGAAUGGGGAGAUGAAAUGACUCAUAUGAACGGUGGAAAUUACUAAAUACAAACAUACUGAUUGUAUUAGAAUCAGUUAUUAGAAUUUAUAUGUUAUAAUUACACUCGUAGGAUAUAGCAAUAUUAUAAUUGCACACAAAGAUUUUAUGUGUAAGUAGAAGUAGGUUUUCCCGUGAUUUCAUGUGCUUUUGAACGAACUUUAAUCGAAAUUUGUGCCUUACAACGCGAGCAGUAUUCUGUUAAACAAUAAGUUUUACUUCGUCACUUGGUAGCUUUGUAGUUUUAAGAGAAUGACUAUGUAAUAGAUAUUUUAAUUAAUCAUAGAUUUUAUAACGAUUUAUUUUUAAUCGAAAUAUACUCUGCGAAGAGGAAAUUGGUAGGGCCUUAAACGAAUUUUUAAGUCAAUCUUAAAAUUAUAUGCAUUGUAUCGCAUUUAUGUACAAAUGAAAAUUGUGAUAAUUUACCGUAGUGCUCAUUGGAGAUACUUAAUUUUAAUUUUAUUGGACCAAUUAAUUAUUUGCACUACUAACAUCAUGAAAUGACUAACAUUUUUUAGGAUUUAAAUUAUAAUUGAAUUAUCAAAUAUUAUGUUUUUAAAAAAUAUAUUGAACAUAAACAGGCCUAUUCUCUUUAUGCUAUGCGUUUCUGACUCACAAAUUAUAAUGCACACUCUUUUACCUUUUGACUGAAAUAGUUUUUUAGUAUUAAUUUUGUGUUGUGACAUUUUUACAAUUUUUCGACUAUUUACACGAAUGUCCGUCCCAAAUUAUUUUUUAUUAAUUAUACUUUCGAUUUUUAUAUUGCUCUCUAUUUUUUAUGAACGUAUGUAGUACUAAAACAAUCACUGAAUUACAAUGUUCAAUGCUGUCUUUUAUCUCGAAUAAGAAAGAUAUACUUGGUGUGUUUUAUUUUAUCAAUUUACACAAGUUUUGUAUAAGGAUAAUCAUGGUGACCUGUACUCAUAGAUUUUAUAUAAUUCUAAUCAAUAAUCAAAUUGAGUAUAUCAAAAAUGACAUCUAAACCAGAAUUUAUAUAAUAUGUAUUAAGCUCGUGUAAAUUAUACAAUGUGUGUAUAAUCAAAUAAAUUUUUAAGAUUA